GUCUCGAGUUCUCGAGUAUUCGGAACCUUUUUUGCUAGGUUCGAACCGGAACGGCCAACACCAAUACGAAUUGUCAGUCCGGUUUAUUUGUCCUUGUUUAUCAGCCAAGACAAUUGCGCCCGGCAUUUUGUAUUUCAAACGAAUCACCUCGAAAAUGACAAUGCUUUGGAAGCACAUUGCCCGUCGUUGCUAUUCCAGCGAUGCGGCACUGGCCCGCAAAUGGAUUUACGCGAAAACGUUCAAAGGGGAACCGUCGCACGCAAACUUCCGGCUCGAAACGGAACCAAUCCCAGCGUCACUGCGCGACGGAGAAUUUCUCGCCCAAGCCGAAUAUCUUUCCGUCGAUCCGUACAUGCGCCCGUACAUGCUGGCGUACCCGGAAGGUUCGCUCAUGAUCGGUGGCCAGAUAGCGCGGGUAACGCGCAGCGCGAACGAUCAGUUUCCGGUCGGGGCUAGCGUUUUCGGCCAGUUCGGCUGGCGUACGCAUACGGUGUGUGAUCCGGCGGCGUUGGAAAAGGAUAAACCCUACGUACUGCCCGACUUUGGACCGUUGCCCCGCAGCCUUGGGUUGGGUGUGCUGGGUAUGCCGGGCAAUACGGCUCACUUUGGGCUGCGCGAGCUUUGCCAACCGAAACGAGGGGAAACGAUUGUGGUGAGCGGUGCGGCCGGUGCGGUCGGCAGUGUGGUGGGCCAGAUCGGGAAACAGCUGGGCUGCCGUGUGAUCGGAAUUGCCGGUUCGGAUGCCAAGUGUAAGUGGUUGGAGCAGGACCUCGGAUUCGACGGGACGAUCAACUACAAGCGAAACAACGUGUACGCCGAGCUGAAGACCGUUGCACCGAACGGGGUCGAUUGUUACUUCGAUAAUGUCGGUGGGGACAUUACCGAGACGGUGCUGAAGCAGAUGAACGUUUACGGCCGGAUUGCGGUGUGCGGUGCGAUUUCCAACUAUAACAGUGCCGUGGGCAAGGUUACCGAUCCGCAGCGCCAGUUCGUGUUUAAGCAGCUGCGUAUGGAAGGAUUUCUGGUGUGGCGGUGGAACGAUCGGUGGAUGGAGGGCAUCGAGGCGAACCUGCAAUUGAUACGGGAAGGACGGCUUGCGUACCAGGAAACGAUCACCGAAGGGUUCGACAAGAUGCCGGAUGCUUUUAUUGAUAUGUUGCGCGGUGGCAAUACUGGUAAGGCGGUGGUAAAGAUCUAAAACCCCGUCGAUUAAGGAUACUGUAUCACGCGAUUGUAAAAUAAUAAUAACCAUGGAUGCUGGUAGAGGAAUUGAUUGUGUACAAUAGCACGGGUACGAUUAGAUGUUAGGGAGAAGGACUUUGUCCCGGAAGUUUCACGUCCUAGGCCUGUUUGGAGCCAUCCUCCCGAUGGUACCGUUGGUGGUGGUUCUUCAGCAAACACUUAUACUGAAACCGUUUAUCACACUUCGCACAAGGAUACGGUUUGUCGUUCGUGUGUAUGCGCAUAUGCACCCGGAGCGUGUAGGCAAUGGUGAACUUUUUAUUGCACACACCGCACACGUGCUUCCGGUCGUUACUGUGCGUUUUCAUGUGCUUCCAGAUUGCUCGUCUGAAAGGGGGGGGGAAAGGAAAUGGUUGUACAAUCUGUUGGAAAUAAAGACCAAAACAGGGGCUUUUUUGAAUCAUUUAA